GGUAUCACUAACUACAAAUACCGGCAGUUAAGGCAUUUAACGUUUAACACAAAGUCACUGUAUUGCAGUACUGUACACUUGUGCUUUAAGUAUUGCUAUGACUGUAAUGUGAUAUUUGGAGAGAUGAUUCAUUGCAGUAAUCAUUAUGUGUAGCGGUAGCGCUGUUGGUGGUCUAGCUAGUAACGUUGCAAACAAAUCUGUUUACCCUCACUCCACCCACAAUAUUGCAACAAGAAAUUUACAAGCAAAAGGACGUGGUCUUUCUUCACACUAGGCUGCAGCUUGACGCUCGUCAGGUCGACGGACGCUGCCUUGGAAACGACAUAAAUCCAGUCCACGCAGCUGGGUCGCGAGCAGGACCCAGAUUUCUUCACUUCAAAGGCUUCCGCUCCUCUUCUUCCUCUUCCUCCUCCUCCUCCUCCACCUCUCUCCAUCCUUCCAUCCGUCGAGCUGCGAACAUGGGCGUUCUGAAAUGAAAUGCAGAGCCGGAGAAAAGCAGAGCGUUAAAUAAGCGAGAGAAGAAGAAGGUGAGAGAGACCGCAGCCAGGCUAAAGCCGAAUGUUCCUCCCAUUUUCACUCCAUUUCCAUCCAUUUAUCCUACGGCCGACGUUUCCAACGCACUGGUCAGGUGUGUCUCCGGGCCGCCUGUAACAAAAUGUCACCAGUUGGUUUAAUGUGUCAUAGGAUUUGGCAGGGAACAAGCUUGUGGCUGGAUGUCGACUAGAAAGAGCAGUGGAGCUUAUACGGGAGGCAUAGACCAGCAUGCCGUUGGUGAAAAGGAACAUUGAGCCCCGGCACCUGUGCCGUGGGGCGUUGCCGGAUGGGGUGACCAGUGAACUGGAGUGUGUUACCAACAGCACCCUGGCAGCCAUCAUCAAACAGCUGGGCGGUCUGAGUCGCCAUGCCGAGGACAUUUUCGGAGAGCUGUUUAAUGAAGCCAACAGCUUCUACCUGAGGAUGAGCAGCCUGCAGGAAAGAGUGGACCAGUUGGCCGUGAAAGUCACCCAGCUCGACUCCACUGUGGAGGAAGUCUCCCUGCAGGAUAUUAACAUGAGGAAGGCCUUUAAGAGUAGCACCAUCCAGGACCAGCAGGUGGUGUCGAGGACCUCCGUCCCCAACCCUGUGGUGGAGAUGUACCAUCGCUGUGACAAACCUCCUCCGCUCAACAUUCUCAGCCCCUACAGGGACGACAAGAAGGAUGCAUUGAAGUUCUACACUGACCCCUCCUACUUCUUCAAUCUUUGGAAGGAGAAGAUGCUGCAGGCCACCGAGGACAAACGCAAGGAGAAGAGACGGCAGAAGGGCUGUCCGGCCCACCCUGACAGGCCCCACUCCAGACAGGCCCCACCCAGGAGCCCCCUGUCCAUCUCUGAGCAGCAGAAGCAGGUUGAGGACCCGGGCAGAGAGGUGAAGAAGGUGCGUAAGGCUCGUAACCGGCGUCAGGAGUGGAAUGUCCUGGCCUACGACAAAGAGUUCAGACCAGACCCCAGGCUCACCCCCUCCCCUUACCAUGGCAUGUCCUCAGAAGGCUCCCUGUCCCCUGAUAGCAGGUCAAUGGCGUCUGACUCCUACCCAGCAAGCCCCAACCACCCCUCCACCCAGGCCCCCAGCGCCGUCCACCCCACCGACCACACCAGGGACCACCUCGGCGCCGCAGCCCAGACUCAGUCGCUGGAUCGGGUCCUCAGGCCGCCCAACCAGCCCCCGGGAGCCGGAGGGCCCGCGCCAGCAGGGCGACAUGCGGCCUCCCUGGGCAGGGCCCCAUCAGGACACGGGGUCCAGGCUGGGGGCGAUCCGAUGGUUAACGGGCCGAGGCAGCAGUCGGUUAAGGAAUACCGGGCCGGGCACGGCGGCCAACCCUCCACCAUCCCAGAGUACUACAUCCCCCCCGCCCCUCCUCCUCCACCCCCAACCAUCCCCUCGGCCCAGACCGCCUUCGACUCCACCACGGCCCCGCCCUCCGCGGCCGCCUCCGCCGUCCCCCCCACCUCCUCCACCCUCACCCGUCCCUACUCCCCUUCCCCUCCUCCUCCCCCGGCCAACUACGUGCCCUCCCCAUCCCACCCUCCUUCGGGUGCACCCCCGGCCGCCCCUCCCCCUCCGCCGCCUGGCGCCCCUACAGGCUACCACGCUCACCCAUCACCGCAGCACGCCGCUGUCGGCCAGUCGGCUGUGGAUGCGGCGCCCUCCACCAGGAAGUCCACCAUGCUGGGGAUGAUCCCGAUGAGCGACGCCCGCUCCGACCUGCUGGCCGCCAUACGUAGAGGCAUCCAGCUGAGGAAGGUGCAGGAGCAGAGGGAGCAGGAGGCGAAGAGGGAGCCAGUCGGCAACGACGUGGCCACCAUCCUGUCGCGCCGUAUUGCCGUGGAGUACAGCGAGUCCGACGACGACUCCGAGCUGGACGAGAACGAGUGGUCUGACUAAACAUUUGUCUAAAGGGUGACACAGGGCCACGGUGGGUGGGUGGUGAUCACUGGUAGGUAGGAGGGGGUGAAACAUUGGGACACUGAGGUGGAAAUGAAGGGGUUUGGUGAAUGUUCAUCCUUUAAACAUCUUAACAGAAAAAAAAUGUGAUUCCAUCAUACAUUCAUACAUUCACACAUAUGCUUGCAGCCUCUCUGAACAUUAUGCACUUCUACAGCAACAGGUUGGCAAUUUCAGCUUGCUCGGUUGCCCCUGACGACAUCUAUUCUUGAGCUGAAACCCUAGAGGUUUGUGCGUCUAACCACCCAGGGUGCAUGGUGCAAUAAACACUUAAACCAUUUCAACACCACCAC